GCCGCCACUGCCGAGCUGCUCGCGCACAACCGCGAGGUCUUGACAGCAGCACGAGCGAUGCUAGUCGAGGGCUACGAAGGAACAGACUAAACAGAAACACUUCGGCCGGGUAUCGUCUUGUUUCAGCAGCGUGAACAGCAACACAGCACAGUGAGCAUGUCGGUGCUAGCUCUACAAGAGUAUGAGUUCGAGAGACAGUUUAACGAGGACGAAGCCAUCCGAUGGAUGCAGGAGAACUGGAAGAAGUCUUUUCUCUUCUCUGCACUCUACGCUGCCUGUAUCCUCGGGGGCCGCCAUGUCAUGAAGCAGAGGGAGAAGUUUGAGUUGAGGAAACCGCUGGUGCUAUGGUCCCUCACGCUUGCUGUAUUCAGUAUAUUUGGUGCCAUCCGUACUGGGAGUUACAUGAUGUACAUCUUGAUGACAAAAGGGCUUAAACAGUCAGUUUGUGACCAGAGCUUUUACAACGGGCCUGUCAGCAAGUUCUGGGCAUAUGCUUUUGUACUUAGUAAAGCACCAGAAUUGGGUGACACUCUCUUCAUUGUCCUGAGGAAACAGAAGCUCAUCUUCCUCCACUGGUACCACCACAUCACCGUGCUGCUCUACUCCUGGUACUCCUACAAAGACAUGGUGGCCGGCGGCGGAUGGUUCAUGACUAUGAACUACUUAGUCCAUGCCGUCAUGUACUCUUACUACGCCUUGCGGGCAGCCGGCUUCAAGCUGUCGCGCAAGUUUGCCAUGUUCAUUACACUGACCCAGAUCACCCAGAUGCUGAUGGGCUGUGUGGUCAACUACCUGGUGUACUCGUGGAUGCAGCAGGGCCAGGAGUGUCCAUCCCACAUGCAGAACAUUGUGUGGUCCUCACUCAUGUAUCUCAGCUACUUUGUGCUCUUUGUCCAGUUCUUCUUCGAGGCCUACAUUGGAAAGUCCAAAUCGGCUAUGGCUAUCACAAAGAAGAGCGAGUAAGAAAAUGCCAUAAGUAUGGGAAGAAGGGAGAUAAUGAAGAAAAAGGGAGUUGGAAAUGGUGAGCAGGGACCAGUGACUUGAGAGGGAGAGAGAGAGUGAGGGGGAUGAAUGGGUUUGGAUGAUGGAGAGGUGGCAUGGAGGCCGGGGGAGUGGGUGUGGGGUGGGGGUGGGAGGGUCAAGAAGAUGGCUGGUGUUUGUGCUUGAGCAUUACUACUAAUGUGCAGAUCUAAAAAGCCUCACUGGAGGUGACGUCUCCGUUGAGGGAUGCUGAGGAAGCAGCGCCGCCAUGAUCAGAAGCCAUCACGAGUUGUCCACCUGAAGUUUAAAAACCCCUUUUUUGAAUUCACCAUGAAUAGUUCUUAAAACCUAAAAGAUAACAAAAAGACAAAAUCACCAGAUUAAAAAAUUACAUCUGCCAUGAGCAUAUGUUUAAGUGAUAUUAAAAAAAAUAAAUUAAUCAGUACAUAUGAAGAUGGAUGGAGUCAGUGUUAACUUGAGCCAUCUGAGUAUGUUUUUGUCUGUCUGUCGUCAGUGUUUGUUGUUUUGUUUUGAUCUGUCAAAGAAAAAGUUUGAGACACUGGUGAGUGCUUGAAGCUCAUGUGUGUUGGUGGUUGAUGUGAACUGAUGGGGUGAACGGCACUGUAUCUUCUGUGUCUUACAUUGCAAAAUGCGAUAUUUUUCUCAGGUCUUAGGUUAUCUCUUUCUUAAUAUAAUAUGCAUAUCAAGACAAAGUAGACAUGUUUAACAUCAGCACCGGUUUACAGUAUGGCUGAAAUUCAUCCAGUAUGGCCGCAUAGUUGAAAAAAGUAUGAAUGAAAUUGAUUGGACUGACUGCCUCAGAUGAUCACACUGCUCCUGGGCAUGAUGGGAAACAGAUGCUGACAGUGCCCUGCUUCACCAUUUGUCAUGACCUUGCAGAAGUUGCCGACCACACUUGGAAAAUGACUUGCCAUUGAUUUCCAAACGCUUGUCUGUGUUAAAGGGUCCCUACCAGUGAAGAAAAAAAGUCUGUUGGACAUUGACAGCUUAAUGGAGGAAAAACAUCUUUAUGUUUAGCAAAAGAAAAAAAAUAAACAUGCAAAUUGUCAAAAUCUGCCGUAUUGACUUCAAAAAAUAGUAUGUAUCCUUAAUGGUGUCUGUUGUGCUAUUGUGCAUUUGCACUGUAUCAAUGUCAAAAACAAUUGUUGCUGAAAAACGUAACGUAUGAACAAAGAGUGCUAAAAUGUAA